CAGUUACAAGAUUGGCUUGAUAAGUCGAAGCUGAUACAGAGCCGAGCUCAAAUGUAUUUGAAUUUCGAGUCGUUUGUUUUUUUGUUCAUUUCACACACAAAAAAUAAAAAUAAAAAUAAAAUAAAACAAAAGGCAAAAGCGGUUCAAAACGUUUGUAGCUAGCGUAGUUGAAGCUUUCCUUUUUUUUCUGAGAAUUGUGAUUCCAAAUUCGGCAAGAGCAUUCGAGUGCCAUGAGACAGUUGCGCAUGCGCCGCCAACAGAGGCGAGCCGAGGAGCUGGUGCGAGAGUUCUACGAGUCGAUGCUGGUGCUGGCACUGGACCUGCUGCUCCAGUGGAACCAGUGGCAUGUAGUACGCGUGCUAAAGCCCAACAAGCUGCCCGACGAGGUGCCCGAGCCGCUGCCGGUCAGCUGGUCAACGCUGUUCUUUGCCAACGGCCUGCUGCUGACCUUGACCCAGUACCGGCCGCAGCGGUUCAAGCGAUGGCCGUCAGUGGUGCGGAAGCUCUUGCUGCUGCUUGAGCUGUUCGUAAUGCUCUUUGUGGUUGAUUACGUGCUGCUCUCCAUAUGGCAGCCAUUUCUGAGCAUAUGCGAUCAGGCGCUGCACGCCCUCGGCCAUUCGAAGUGGACGUGGACGCGUUUCAUAUUCCACUACUGUCCAAGGCUUUCCGCUUGGCUGAUUAACGAUGCUUUCUACUUUAUGCGUUUUGUGGCGUCCCUAUCGUGGUUCCUGCUCGCCAUCGAGGGUGCAGCUGCCAAAUGGCGUCUGGCAAUUGAUUUCAUGCUGCUCGGCCAACUGCCCGACCCCAUCAUAGUGCCACGCUAUCGACCAAAACGCCGCCAUGCCCAGUCUCGGCCCACUCAAAUCUAACGUCUAUUUGCCCACCCGUCGUCUUGUGCGGAGUCAGCUGUUUACAGGUACCAGGCCAAGCCAGGCCUGGGGUAAUCUCAGCCAAAGAGGAGCGAGGAGCGAGCUGAGAUGCACUGCAUCGGCUCAAGCAAAUAAGCAAAUACAUGCAUAGCUAUCCAAACAGAUUUCUAUGCAAAUGUAUUCUGCUGUAAGGUAUUUUUUUUUUUUUUUU